AUGGCAAUAUUGGAAAUCAAUAAGGUUGCUUUUUCACUUAAAGAAUACAAUCCGUCAUCUUUUAAACCAGAAUAUAUAAAAUUCGGACCGAAAUAUCAAUUUCAGAAAUUCAAGGACAGUUUUGAUCCUUUUCUAAGGGAUACAAACAACAAAAUGUCAGUCAGAAAAAGGAAAGACCAAGAUAUAUACAAAAGUAGAAAUAUUCUAAGUGCAGAAGUUAUAGAGUAUGAAGACCAAGACCCACCUUACCCAGAACAUUCGAAAACUACAGGACCUACUAAUAAAAACUUGGCCCAUGAUUCUAAUAUCAUCAGAAGAAAGUCUUCAGACACUGAAAAUAAGUUAGUCUGUGAUCCUACUAUCAACACAAUAGAGACUGUAGACACUAAGAAUAAGUUAAAAGAAAGAUUACCACGUGUAUCUUUACCAAGCUGCUUCGAAAGAGAAUCAUCAGUGACUGGAAAUGUAAAUACAGAUACAUGUCGCCUCUCAAAGUCAUUAAGUCUUAACCCCCAUAUAGAAAAUUUAAAACAAUCAAUGGUACUCAAGUCAAUUUUAAGUAAAAAUCUGCAAGACCUUUCAGACAAAUUGUUUUCUAAACCAGAAGUUUAUAUGAACACUGAAGCAAGAAAGAAAAGUAGAUCUCCACCUCUAAGCAUUCAUGAUAAACCAUCAAGUGGUACGGAAGACAAAGUAUUUGAAAAAAUCCAAGAUUUGAACAGCUGGCUUUCAGAAAAAGACAUUUCAAAUUCGAAGGCUCUUUUAAGUCAAAUAAUUAAAAAUAUUCCUGCAGAUUCAAUUCCAGAAGGUGGACCAGAAGAAUCUCCAGAGGUACAAGAACGUGUCUCUGAAAAACACUUAGAGGCUGAUGAGAUAAAUUUUCCAAUGAAAAAAAAGAGUAGCUUCAAAAAGAAACACUUAAUAGAUGAAGUACCUAGCUCCAAAUCAGGUGUAAAUGGCUUUUUACAUGACUGUGUUAUAAAACAAAUAUUCACUGCACCGAUCUUGUCAGAGUUGGAAAUAGGAGUGAAAGAGCUGAGUAAGGCACAGGUGAACUUUCAGGAUCAAUUACCCACACCUUGGGAGAGAAAUUUAUCUUCACAUAUUUCAGUUCACUAUAAAGAAAAAUAUGAUGAAAUAGAAUUUCUACAGCCCAAAUCUGUUGUAAGUCAGAUAAUACAAGCAUUCCCUAUAGAUACUCUUUUAGAAUCUGGGAUAGUCAAAGUGAUAGAAUUAGAUAAAGAACACCAGGAGAGUUCUUUGCUGGGUAUGGAGAUAGUCUUUCCUGAAGAAAAGCCAAAGGAUUCCACAAAGGAUUAUUCAGAAAUCAAAAGCAAAACAAAACCCCUUUCAGAGAAGACGAUACCCAUCAUUCCCAAAGAAACCACUUCUUCUAUCAAUAGAAUUAAAUUUAUAGAGGAAGGCCAAAAUAUGUCCCCACAAGAUUUAAAAUAUCAUUCAGUACCAGAUAAAAAACCGUAUUUUCCAAGUAAUUGUCAGAGGCUUGAUAGAAAAGAAAAUGAUCUAAGUUCUACUUUAGAAAAUUUAAGUAGCUCAUUAAUGGAUAGCCUUAAUGAGUCAGAUACAAUAAUGUUAAAAUCCUUUUUAAAAAACAUCUUUAAGGUUUUUUUCAAGUAUAAUCCGUCUGAAAGGAAAAGACAACCAGAAAAAGAAUUAGAAAGACUAAUUGAACAUUCUUUUCCAAGUGAUACAGAACACCUUGAAGAAAUCCAAGGGAACUUUGAUAAAACAGACAAAUUAGACAGAAAACCUGUUUUGAGUCCAAAACUGCGUGUGUUUCUGGAAGAACUCUCAGAGUCAGAAGUAAAAAAUUUAAAAUCUGAAUUAAGUAAACAAAUCCAGCAUUACCUUGUAGAAAGACUUUCAGAAUCAGGACAUAUCACCAAGGAGGACUUACCAAAAAUCUAUCAAAAUCUGCAUUUGAUGAAUGAGAAAGCAGAACCAAAAGGGCAAAACAUUUUUCAGGAGAAAUAUUCUGAAACUGUAAAAGAAAUCAUGAUGUUUGUAAACAAUUUUAAUCAUCAUUUUAUAGAUAAACAUUUAGAAAUAAAGCUAAGAUCCUUUUUAAAUGAAAUCCUCCAAAACUAUUUCCUAAAAAACCUUUCAGAAAGCAGUUUAUUUAACGAGACAGAACAUGAGACUAUACACUCGGACAUAUCUUCUUUAAGAACUGAAAGUUCCUCAAUAUCUUUUCAUGAGGUAGGACAAGAUAUUUCAAAGGGAAGUUUUGGUAGAAGGCUUGAAAUAAACAUGAAAUAUCCUUUAAAUAAACCUCUACAAAACUAUCUUAUAGCUUUAUCAGAAAAUGAAUUGUUAAAUCUAAAAGCUGACUUAAGCAAACACCUCCAGAGCCUUUUUAUAGAAAAACUUGCAAAAUCAGGACAAGUAACAGAAAGGCAAUUAGAGGGGAUCUACCAGCAUAUAAAUCUGCUUAAUUCAAGUUUGACACCAUUAAAAUAUAUAACGACAGAUUUGCCUUUUAGAGAUGAAAAUCACUUUAUGGAGGAGCAUUCAGAAAAGCAAAAUAAAUAUUCAAAAAAUGUUCAAAAAAACACUUUGCAAAAUGUUACUGAAGAUAAACUUAUUGAAACAGAAUUGAUCAGAAAGGAAGAAAAGGAAUAUUUUCACUUACACAAUUUAAAAGAAAAUUCAUCAACAAUUAGGGAAAAGAAAAGUUAUCACCCUAAUGAAGGAGCUAAAACACUAAGUUUAAUAAAAGUACAACCUUCUUCCAACAAAAAUAUACAGGCAAUUCCAUUAAAUAAGUCAUCAGAAAGACUUACAGAAAUAGUGCUUAAGAAACAAAAGAAAGAACAUGGUUUCAUGCAGCUUCCCCAAGCAGAAAAUUCUGUUUGUAAAGCAGAGGUUCAAGACCCAUAUAAUUGGAGUGGUAAAUCGAAAAUAACUCAGUCAAAAGCUUGCUUUGAAAGGACACUGAAAAUGAAGCCCCUUGGAAAAAAGGACCAUAUUAACAUCUAUGAAUUGACUAAUCAAGAAAAACCUGAAGCAGUAUUGUCACUGUAUCCAAGAAUCCCUAAUUGCAGAAUGCCAAGGGGAGAUGAAGAAUAUUUAAACAGACUCACUUUCCCUUCCUGGCACACCAACACUCAUUUCAAUUCAGAGACUCGGGAGAAAUCAAAACUAGAAGACCAGUAUUUUCAGAGAUUAAAAGGAAAUAAUAACAAUAAUAAAAAACGUUUAGUAACAUUUGCGCAAUGCAAACAAGAAAUACAGUUUCUUUAUAUAAAACCAAAUGAAAUUUGCAACGAAAAAUGUGCCAACUUCCCUGAAUCACAAUCAUUUCAAUAUAAAGUUGUAGAAGAUGAGAAAAACUCAAAACCAUCCCUCUUCCCAGAAGUAUUGAAGAGAGAAAAUCUAACACCCAAGGUCCGAAAAGAAAGAGACCAUGUUGCCAAACCAAAAAAGUCAUUUAACAAGGCAGUUAGGAUGGUACCAACCCCACUACCCACCACAAGAAUUCAUCUAAGGAAAUCGGUUCCAAGAACAUUGCUUCAUUGGACUGCAAGAAGAACUAUACAUGAUUGUUCAGAUAAAUUUGAGGAGUUACAAGUGACCUCAUUUAAGCAUCUUCAAAAAGCAAAAUCAAGAGCAAGACUUUUAGGAAAGAACCCAGAUGAUAGCCAUAAUCAGGCAAAACACUCUGCAAGACCAUAUACUGCUCCAGAGGUUAACAAACGACAAGAAAGCUACACUGGAAAAUGUGCAAAUCCUCAAAUGGUUUCAGCAGGCUUAGUUCAUAUAAAUGAUAAAACCUCAGAUUAUGAAAUGCGUAAAAUGCAGCCAAAAAAAAUAUUAAAAGAUGUUGAAAAAUGUUCACUCAUUUGUGAUAUUAUCCAAAUGUUAAACAGCUCAGAGUAGAAUGUGAAGCCAAUAAUCAGAGUGUCAUUUCUCCAUUAACAAAAUGGUUUGGAGAUCUGUCCUUGUGUGUGUGACAGAAGUCAGCAACAAAAUUUCAUCUUGUUAGAACCAUUUUGUUUUGAUUAAAAUGAAAAACAUAUCUGA